UCCGGUCUGAAGAAGAACCUGAGUCGCGCGACCACGUCCGUGUUGUCCAAGACGGGCAACAUGGACCGGACAACAGACCGCGAAUUCGAGGAAGAGGAGAAGCGCUUCAAGAAUCUCGAGCAAAAAGUCGAAAAACUGCACAGGGAGGCGAACGGAUAUUCUCAGGCUGUGCGAAAUAUGACGGGAUCUCAGCUGAAGAUUGCAUCAAUUAUCGACCAAUUCUAUGAUGAGGGUGCCCCGAUGGGUAUUUAUGGCGUCAAGUACAAGGAGGCUGUUGCCAAGCUGGAACAGCAGGCACAGGAUGAAGUAGAUGCCGCAUACAGGACUACAGUGCUGGAACCCGUCGGACGGUAUUCAGCCUACUUCCCCGAAAUCAACGAGGCCAUCAAGCGACGGAACAAAAAAUUGCUGGAUUAUGAUGCUGCCCGCUCCAAGGUCCGCAAGCUGGUCGAGAAGCCAUCCGAAGACGCCACCAAACUGCCAAGAGCUGAGCACGAGGCCAACGCGCUAAGGGAAACGUACGAGACCAUGAACGCGCAACUGACCUCGGAGCUACCAAAGAUUAUUGAUUCUCGUGUCGCCUAUCUGGACCCCUCAUUUGAGGCGGUUGUCAAGUCACAGCUUUCGUUCUCACAGGAUGCACACAAUACACUGGAGGGUCUCAGGCAGUUUUUCCCCCCGGAAACAGAGGGCUAUGAAUUGGACGAGGCCGCAGAGGGGAUCUUGGCCCAGAUGAGAGAGCUGUCCAUCUGUGGAUUGGCUUAA